UCUCUUCUCCCUUAAAUUCUUACUUUCUUUCUUCUUCUCUCAACCAAUCUAAUCAUUCAUAUGAAUGAGAACUUUCCUCAAGAGAGAAUGAAAAAAAAAAAAAAAAAAAAAAAAAAAAAAACAAGAACUGUGACUGUGACUCCGAGAAUUUCAAUCGGAUUUCCUUGUUAGAUCUGUGAAAGAGGUUAGGGUUUUCAGGGGUAUACCCGAGAGAGAGAGAGAGAGAGGGAGGAACUAACGGUAUAUGUAGCCGCCGGCGUCAGAUCUAGACGUAACUCCUUGUUUAUGCUCGUCCCCAUGUGUCUGGUUGGCAAGGAUUUUCCUGAUGAUGUAUUUGCUGCCCCCGGUAUCAUUGAACGCAAUUAUUCUCUGGGAAGAUUUCUCUGUCUUCUCCACCGUCACUUCCCAUCUUCUGUAACCAUCCUUCUAUUACUAUUGGUAGCCGGCUGCAAGGACGUGGGUUUUGAGACAGUAUUUGAGGAUGCUUGGGAGCUCUUUCAUUCACGUUUUUUUUUUCCUCGGCUCACCUCUUAAAAAAAGCUUUAGAUGGGAGGUAGAAAGUCGAAAUCCUCACGCCAUUCCAGUAAUUCUGUUGAUAAUGUAUCAAAUGUGCAUAGAAAUGGUAUAAUCACCUUACGGAUUGGGUAUUUAUUUCAGUUCUGUAUGUAUAUUAGCACAUCAAUGUAGUAUUUUUGCGGAAGAGAAGCUUGUCACAAUUGUAUUAUAUGGAUGAAGAGAGAAACUAUUGUAGGAAAAGAUACUUUUACGCAGAUAACUCUGUGGAAGAUGAGGGAUGCAAGCGGAGAAGCCUUGUUGGUCAACGAGAGCUGCAAGAUCUCACUGUUGAUCAUACUGUUUAUCGUUAUUUAUGCCCUAAAAGAAAAGCGGGGCAUGUCAUUGGAAGAGGUGGUGAGAUUAUGAAAUAUAUACGAGCAGAUACUGGAGCGAGGGUACUAAUUGAAGAUGCCAUGCAAGGUUGUGACGAACGUAUUGUUACCAUCUCUAGUUCAAGUAAAGAAACCAAUCCCUUUAACUACAAAAAAGAUUAUGCCUGUCCAGCACAAGAUGCCCUUUUUAGGGUGCAUGAGAGGCUUGCAAUACAUGAAACAAUGGUUUUUGACGAAGACGAUGUCAGUGGUGUCAUUCAAAUUACUGUUCGCUUACUUGUACCAUCAGAUCAGGCACGUUGUAUUAUUGGGAGACAUGGUCACACCAUUAAGAAUAUGAGGAAGGAUACUGGUGCUCGGAUUUCUAUUUGGAAUGAUAAGCGUAUUCCAAUUUGUGCUAAUAGUAAUGAAGAACUUCUUGAGAUUAGAGGAGAUGCUUUGGUGGCGAAGGAGGCUUUGUUUCAAAUCUCAUGUCUCCUUCAUGAGUUUCCUUCACGGUCCCAUAAUUAUAUGUCUUCCAAAGUAUCCUACAAUACAUUUGGUUGCAAUUUGGUUCGGGAUCCAGGAUCUCCAGUGGAGGAUGAGUUCAUCUUGCGCUUGGUGUGCCCUUCUGUUAAUAUCAGAGAUGUGAUUGGCAAGGGUGGCGCUAAUAUCAAUCAGAUCAGACAGGAAUCCGGAGCAACAAUAAAUCUGGAUUGCUUUUUUGAUGAAGAAGACUGCAUGAUAUUAAUUUCGGCUAAAGAGUUUAUGGGGAUCUCUAACUCGCCAACCAUCAAUGCUGCAACACAGUUACAACUCAGUUGCAGUAGUAAGGUGGAUGGUGAAUAUGACGGACCUUCGUAUGUAACACGUCUUUUGGUACUGAGGUCACAGCUUGGCGGUUUGAUUGGGAAGGGGGGUUUGUUCAUCAAGGAGAUGAGGAGAACCACAAAAACAAGCAUCUCCAUAGUUGAAGACUCCCUUCCAAGUGUUGCAGCUGUGGAUGACGCAAUGGUAGAGAUUUGUGGAGAUCUUCCAAAUGUCAGAGAUGCCCUUAUACAAGUGAUAAACCGGUUGAAAAUUAGUCAUUUUGCAAGGAAGGGCUUAGUUUCUGCAUCCCCUUCGGCUUCCUCACAUCAUAUGUUAAGAAAUUCUACUCAUGGAUCGUUAUGUAGCGGCCGAAGCUUUGAACUUCAUAGUCAUGGACAUUCCCAUUCUAGUGAGUACAAAGCUUCUGUUGGUAGGGUGUCAUUAGAAAUCCAUGCCGGCUCUGAUGGUCCACAGGUUGAUUCUGAUAAUUAGAUAUGCUGAAGAAGUUAAUACAUUUGGCAUCAUCUUGUAGGAGUUUUAAGUUGUUUUAGUUUCUUGAUGAAUAGUUUAUAGGCUUGUGUUUGUGCGGUUUAAAGUCGUGCACCGUGGAAUUCGCCUAUUGAGCUUAUAUAUGCAGAUAGCAAUAUCAAUCAGGGAGCCUUUGUACUGUCGUGCCAGUUAAAAAGAAGAACAUUGAAGCACACAUAAUGACACGCAACAUGACAACAUGAGCAUGUAUAUGGUGACAGGACAGACGUGGAAAGUUUUGUACACAACAUAACUAUGUCAUAUUCCUUACUGAAUAAUACAGACAGUUAGAUGCUGAGAAACACACGCAUAUGUAUAUGUGUCUGUUUGUGUGUUUGUAUUUAUGCGAGUUUAACUGUGUGGCUGCGGCACGGACUUUAUCUUUUUAUGUGAAGAAUCGACAUUCUCCACCCUAUAAAAAUUUGAUGUUAUGACCUUGAAAUGCAA